CGCGUGACGUCACGCCGGGAGGAGGCGCCGAUUGGCCGGCGUGGCCUGGCGCCAAUACGUGUCCGCUCGCGAUUGGGCCAUGGCGGAGCCGCGGCGGCAGCGCGCGCGGCGGUACCGUUUCGAGGAGGGUCCGGAGGCGCUGGUCGUGCGCGUGCCCGAGGUACCGGGGGCAGCCGGGCCACGGGGAACAGCGAGAUCCCGGGACCCCGGCACAGCGCCUCGCCCCGUGUCUUGCAGGUGCUGGACUCGCAGUACGGCAUAUCGGUGCUGGUGUGAGUCUCCCCGGCGUGGUGGCCGCCAGGUGCGGUGCCCAGGUGAUCCUGUCGGACAGCGAGGAGCUGCCCCACUGCCUGCAGCGGUGCCGCAGCAGCUGCCUCAUGAACCGCCUGCCCCACGUACCCGUCCUCGGCCUCACCUGGGGCCGCGUGUCAUCUGAGCUGCUCUCUCUUGCUCCCAUAGACAUUAUCUUAGGCUCAGAUGUCUUUUUUGACCCCAAAGACUUUGAAGAUAUUUUAACUACAAUUUACUUCUUGUUGGAGAAGAAUCCACACGCUCAAUUCUGGACAACUUACCAAGUCCGAAGUGCUGACUGGUCUAUCGAGGCUCUGCUCUGCAGAUGGAACCUGAAGAGCAUCUCGGUUCCCUUGCACUCCUUUGGUGCAGACAAAGAGCACUUGGCCAGCUCCUCUCUGCCAGGAAGACACACAAUUGAAAUGAUGAUCAUCUCACUAGCACAGUCAGAGGGUACUUCUGUUUAUUCCACUUCAGAUUUCAGUACAAGGUGAUAGUCACCUGUUCACUGUAGCACAGAGCUGCAGAGAACAGUCCUGGUUACAGCAAACCUCAUGGAUAUUUUGGGGAAACAGCAAUUCUUAAAACAUGCACUGUAAAAAUAAAGCUGUUUGGUUUUCCAGCUA